GCUCGUGCGCCGCGUGGGGCUGGCGCCUCGCUCCGGGAGCCGCUGCGGCCGCGAUUGACCGUCAAGUCCCGCCCGCCAGAGAGCUGGUAGCUGAAGCCAUAUUAUUUUGUAGAAUUAAUGGAGAACAGAAAAGACAUCGCAAACCAAGAACUUUGGAAAAUGAAGCCUAUGAGAAAUCUAGAAGAUGAUUCAUUGACUACGCACUCGGGAGAGACCAGCAUGCUGAAAAGACCUGUGCUUUUGCAGUUGCACCAAACAACCCAUUUUGAUGAAUUUGAUUGCCCCUCAGAGCUUCAGUACAAACAAGAACUCUUUCCAAAAUGGCGUUUGCCAAUUAAAAUAGCUGCUAUCAUAUCAUCUCUGACUUUUCUUUACACUCUUUUGAGGGAAGUAAUUCAUCCUUUUGUAACUGCCCAUCAACAAUAUUUUUAUAGAAUUCCCAUCCUGGUCAUCAACAAAGUUUUGCCAGUGGUUUCUAUCACGCUUUUAGCCCUGGUUUAUUUGCCAGGUGUGAUAGCAUCAGUUGUACAGCUUCGUAACGGAACCAAGUAUAAGAAAUUUCCACGGUGGUUGGAUGGGUGGAUGCAAACAAGAAAGCAAUUUGGGCUUCUCAGCUUCUUUUUUGCUGUACUGCAUGCGAUUUAUAGUCUGUCCUAUCCAAUGAGGCGAUCCUACAGAUACAAGUUGCUAAACUGGGCAUACCAACAGGUCCAGCAAAAUAAAGAAAAUGCCUGGAUCGAGCAUGAUGUUUGGAGAAUGGAAAUUUAUGUGUCUCUAGGAAUUGUGGGACUUGCAAUACUGGCUCUGUUGGCUGUGACAUCUAUACCAUCAGUGAGCGACUCUUUGACAUGGAGGGAGUUUCACUAUAUCCAGAGCAAGCUAGGAAUGGUUUCCCUUCUGCUGGGCACAAUACAUGCAUUGAUUUUUGCCUGGAAUAAAUGGGUAGAUAUAAAACAAUUUGUGUGGUAUACACCUCCAACGUUUAUGAUAGCAGUUGUCCUUCCGAUUGUUGUCCUGAUAAGUAAAGUCAUCCUAUUCCUGCCGUGCUUGAGGAAGAAGAUACUGAAGAUUAGACAUGGUUGGGAAGAUGUCACCAAAAUUAAUAAAACUGAGAUGUCUUCCCAGUUGUAGAAUUACUAUUUUUACACAUUUUACUCAAUACUGAUAUAUUUUAUCAUAAAACAUUCUAAAAUGUGUUUAAUAAAAUGAUCAUUUCAGUGUCUUAAUUAUCUUUAUGUAUAUAUGUAUUUCCUUGCAGAUUUGAUUCCCAAAUAAAUACUAAUCUUUAGCACAUUCUCUGUAUAUUCACUAAAGCUGAACAAUCACAGAUCAAAACAGUCACAUCUGAUUUGUCAGAAUGCAUGGCAUAAUAAAUAAUAAAAGGCCUUGAAGUACCAGUCCUUCCACCCAUUACACAGAUACCAUGAGCCAUGAAAAAAA